GUCAACAGGAGAGGAUGUUAAUAGCCGGCUCGGGCACACUGAGCGUAGUGGGUAACAGCAAGUCACAUACAGAGUCACGAGAUAGCCUGCAUGACCUCCGGAAGAGGGAAGUUAGUCCAAAGACAAGCGGGGAAGAUAGCACUAGGCCCAAAGUUCUAGAUCGAAGGGCUCGUCAAUCGAGCUGGAAGAGCUCUGCGGGUGCUGUGUGUCAAGGAGAGACUCGCUCACGGAGAGAGCAAGGGUGGCGAUACUGCCACACAAAUGCAAGAGAUAAUCUGCAUCACCUCGGACACGCGAAUGACAAACUGGGGAAGAGAGGCAAGAGAUGAAGGGGAAGGAAGGAGGAAGAGGGAGGACGGAGGAAGGAGGAAGGAGAGCAAGAGAAGGACCAUCUCGGUGCAGCGGUGAAGGCUGUCCUGAUAGAUGGGACUGAAGUCGAGAGUGAGUGAGAAUGAAGUCGAAGGUUUUGGACGAAGAGAGGUGAAGAGCGCUACAGAGCGACAAGCUACAAGGGAUGAAGAAGAAGAAGCAGAACAAGAGGAAGAAGAAGACGGAUAGUGAGGGGUGAAAACAGCUAAAUCAGCUCUCGGACCCUCGAUCGCAUGUUUCUCGAUAGUC